AUGAUGGCGGCCCUGUACCCGAGCACGGACCUCUCGGGCGUCUCCUCCUCCUCCCUGCCUUCCUCCCCAUCCUCCUCGUCGCCCAACGAAGUGAUGGCGCUGAAGGAUGUGCGGGAGGUGAAGGAGGAGAACACCCUGAAUGAGAAGCUUUUCUUGCUGGCGUGCGACAAGGGUGACUAUUAUAUGGUUAAAAAGAUUUUGGAGGAGAACAGUUCAGGUGACUUGAACAUAAAUUGCGUAGAUGUGCUUGGGAGAAAUGCUGUUACCAUAACUAUUGAAAACGAAAGCUUGGAUAUACUACAGCUGCUUUUGGACUACGGUUGUCAGUCCGCAGAUGCACUUUUGGUGGCCAUCGACUCUGAAGUAGUGGGAGCUGUCGAUAUACUACUUAAUCACCGACCAAAACGAUCACCAAGACCAACUAUAGUAAAACUUAUGGAACGAAUUCAGAAUCCUGAGUAUUCAACAACGAUGGAUGUUGCCCCUGUCAUUUUAGCUGCUCAUCGUAACAACUAUGAAAUCCUUACCAUGCUUUUAAAACAGGACGUGUCUUUGCCCAAGCCCCAUGCAGUUGGCUGUGAAUGCACGCUGUGUUCUGCAAAAAACAAAAAGGACAGCCUCAGACAUUCCAGGUUUCGUCUUGAUAUCUAUAGAUGUCUGGCCAGCCCAGCUCUAAUAAUGUUAACAGAGGAGGAUCCAAUCCUGAGAGCAUUUGAACUUAGUGCUGACUUAAAAGAACUCAGCCUUGUGGAGGUGGAAUUCAGGAAUGAUUAUGAAGAGCUAGCCCGUCAGUGCAAAAUGUUUGCUAAAGAUUUGCUUGCACAAGCCCGGAAUUCACGUGAACUGGAAGUUAUCUUAAACCAUACAUCUAGUGAUGAGCCUCUUGACAAACGGGGACUACUAGAAGAAAGAAUGAAUUUAAGUCGUCUAAAACUUGCUAUCAAAUAUAACCAAAAGGAGUUUGUCUCCCAGUCAAAUUGCCAGCAGUUCCUGAACACCGUUUGGUUUGGACAGAUGUCGGGUUACCGCCGUAAGCCCACCUGUAAGAAGAUAAUGACUGUUUUGACAGUUGGCAUCUUCUGGCCAGUUUUGUCUCUAUGUUAUUUAAUAGCUCCCAAAUCUCAAUUUGGCAGAAUCAUUCACACACCUUUUAUGAAAUUUAUUAUUCAUGGAGCAUCAUAUUUCACAUUCUUGCUGUUACUAAAUCUGUACUCACUUGUCUACAAUGAAGACAAGAAAAAUACAAUGGGGCCAGCCCUUGAGAGAAUAGACUACCUUCUCAUACUGUGGAUUAUUGGGAUGAUCUGGUCGGACAUUAAGAGACUCUGGUAUGAAGGGCUGGAAGACUUUUUAGAAGAGUCGCGUAAUCAGCUCAGCUUUGUCAUGAAUUCACUCUACUUGGCAACCUUUGCUCUCAAAGUGGUGGCUCACAACAAGUUUCAUGACUUUGCUGACCGGAAGGACUGGGAUGCAUUCCACCCUACACUUAUAGCAGAAGGCCUUUUUGCAUUUGCAAACGUUUUGAGUUACCUUCGGCUCUUUUUUAUGUAUACAACCAGCUCGAUUUUGGGUCCACUGCAGAUUUCGAUGGGACAGAUGUUACAAGAUUUUGGGAAAUUUCUGGGGAUGUUCCUUCUUGUUCUAUUUUCCUUCACAAUUGGACUGACACAACUCUAUGACAAGGGGUACACUCCCAAAGAGCAGAAGGACUGUGUUGGCAUCUUCUGUGAACAACAAAGCAACGACACCUUUCACUCGUUCAUUGGCACCUGCUUUGCUUUGUUCUGGUACAUUUUCUCCUUAGCACAUGUGGCCAUCUUUGUCACGAGGUUUAGCUAUGGAGAAGAACUGCAGUCUUUCGUUGGAGCUGUGAUUGUUGGAACUUACAACGUCGUGGUUGUGAUUGUGCUCACGAAGCUGCUGGUGGCCAUGCUUCAUAAGAGCUUUCAGUUGAUAGCAAAUCAUGAGGAUAAAGAAUGGAAGUUUGCUCGAGCAAAGCUAUGGCUUAGCUACUUUGAUGACAAAUGUACACUUCCGCCACCUUUCAACAUUAUUCCUUCACCAAAGACUAUCUGCUAUAUGAUCAGUAACCUCAGUAAGUGGGUUUGCUCGCACACAUCCAAAGGCAGGGUCAAGCGGCAAAACAGUUUAAAGGAGUGGAGAAACUUGAAGCAAAAGAGAGAUGAGAACUACCAGAAAGUGAUGUGCUGCCUAGUGCAUCGUUACCUGACAUCUAUGCGACAGAAGAUGCAGAGCACAGACCAGGCCACUGUGGAGAACCUCAAUGAACUGCGCCAAGAUCUGUCAAAAUUCCGAAAUGAAAUAAGGGAUUUGCUUGGCUUUCGGACUUCUAAAUAUGCUAUGUUUUAUCCAAGAAAUUAAUCAUUUUCUAAAUCUUGUAGAAAUAAUUUUCAAUAACAAAUCUGAAAGACUGUAUUUGCAUACCUUACAACUAAACUAAUAAGCUAUAUAUGGACAUAAACAAUUACACAAAAGCCAUUCUUUAAAUAUUUAUAGCAUAAAUAUAUGUCAUGUAAAAUAUGUAUAUAGAGUUAGUUUUUUAAAACCUGUCUGUGGCUUUUUGUAGAAGCAAAACACAGUAAGUAAAUGGUUUUGUUAGCAUGCUAUUGGAUUUUCUUAGUUUGUCAGUGCUUAAAAUUUGUAAUGUCUGAGGGGCAGCUAUCAGUGUACACAUUGCCCACUUCCUUUUAUAAAAUGAAUAUCAGCAAAUGCAGCUACCUUAAGAGACACUUGAAAUGUAGAGUUCACAAUGUUUAAAAUCUCCUGUUUUAGGAGUUCACACAGAAUUCAGUAUUUAUUGUUUAAGAGUAUAGUUUUGUCUAAAAUACCACAUUUUUUCUUUCGCUAUAACCUUAAGCAACAAAGAAAAGUCUCUAAUGAAUAUCUGAAUUUAAGUCGGGUAUGG